UCAACAAUUCCACAGACUUUGAUUAUUGCCAGAAAUAACAAUCAUUGUGCAUCAGCAUUUUGUGAGUAUAAACAUGACAGAUGUCCCAAGAUAAAAGAACAGGUUGGAUGGGGAAUCAUUAGUCAGGUGAAAUUAAAAAGGUGAACAGAGGGCAAUAGAAAGCUAGAUAUGGAGCCAUUAAAGAGUCAGAUCAUUUUGGUAACGCUGUUGCUUCUUUGUUGUGGGAUGGUCCAUAAUGUACUAGUAGAGGAGGUAGCCCAGGCCCACAAUCAGUUCUCCCUAGACAUCUACAACAAGCUCCUAGAGGAGGCAAGCACAGGAGGAAAUGAUCCAGGAAACCUCUUCUUUGGACCAAUCAGUAUAACAACAGCCAUAGUGAUUGCAAUGCUGGGAACAAGUGGUCAACCAGAACAGGAAAUGAUAUCAGCGAUGAGAUUGACAAGUUUUGUAGAUAAGGAGCCAGGCCUUCUUCAUGCAACAUUCAAGGAGCUAGCUGCCCAAUUGUAUGUAUCAUCAGUCAAUUGCACCCUACUUUCAGCCAAUGGAAUCUUUGCUGAGCAGACACACCCAUUUGUUCAAAAGUACCUAGAUGAUGUUAUGACUUAUUAUGAUGCAGAGAUUGACGAGGUUGACUUCCUGAAUGCAUAUGAAACUGUUCGACUUGCUAUUAAUGAAUGGGUUGAAAAUAAGACUAAUGACAAAAUAAAAGAUCUUAUUCCAAAAGGAGCAGUUGAUGAUACCACAGCCAUGGUAAUUGUUAAUGCUAUCUACUUCAAAGGACUAUGGAAAACACCAUUUCUGCCUCAAAAAACUAAACAUGCUUCCUUCUAUGGUCCAGGUGGUUCAGAUAUUUGUGUUAAUAUGAUGUACAAUCUAUCUAACACAUUUGGGUACACUGAGAGUAAAGAACUAGACUCUAAAGUACUAAAACUACCAUAUGAUUGUGAAGAGAACAGGAAACUAAGCAUGUACGUUAUACUCCCUAAUGCUAUGGAUGGCCUGCCAGACUUGGAGGAAGCCAUAGGAGAUAACUAUGGAAAGGUUGCCAAGCUUCUAUCAUCAACUAACGAACAGGAGGUUAAAGUCUGGCUUCCACGCUUCACCUUCGAAUAUAGCUUUAGUGUGAAAAACAUCCUAAAAUCAUUGGGUAUGCAGGCUAUAUUUGAACCUAAUGGUAUAACAGAAAUGAGUCAAUACAACCUGUCAGUUAGCGAUGUAAUACACAAGGCCUUUGUAGAAGUGAAUGAAGAAGGCACAGAGGCUUCGGCAGCUACUGCAAUAACAGUCGGAACAACUAGUAUAAAUCUAGAUCCACCAAAGAAGUUUAGAGCUGACCAUCCAUUCUUGUUUGUUAUUGCUGAUGAAAACACAAAGGCAAUUCUGUUCAUGGGACGUGUUGUGACACCCACAGAAUGUGAAAAAACAACAACAACUACUAUGAGGACCUCACCCAGAACCUAUCCAAAAUGUAUCUACUGCAAACCAUGUUACAAGGAUGGGAUUAAAUAUCGGUUUGGUGCAUAUCUACCAAAAAGAUGUUUUGAUCGAUACUGCAAGUGUGGACCAGAUGGAAAGUUAU